GAAGACAAUAUUGUUACCUGUACAAUAUGCCUGAAAGGUAUUUCUCAUUGUUUACCCGUUACCUAGCAACUGCGGCUUGGGACAGGUACGUCACGUGGUACAGUAUCGACUGCUUUUUUCCGUUCAUGGAGCAAUGUUUAUAUUUGGUAUUGUGUAAUUUUUAAAUAUUUGUAUCGGGUCGAUUUUUAUCUAGUAUCAGGAAAACGGGUGUUUAUUUUACAUCCAUAAAAAGCGAAAAACUUACGUCGAGAAAAGGUCGAGUUUUGGAUUUUGAAGCGUUCCUGUACUGAUGAUGUCUUCAAUCAUUUAGAAUAUUUGUAUGGGAGUGAAAAUGAAACGGUGUGUUAAAAAUUGAAUCACAUUUAUAAAUCGAUGGAGAUAAGUUAAAAAGACAAAAUGAUAAGAAAUAAAUGAAAAGCAAAACUUGAACUUUAAACGAAAUAGUUGAGUGGCAUUGUUAUUAAAGGACGAUAAUAAUGGGUUGCUGUGGCUCAAAAUCGGAAAAUUCUAAGAAGAAGUCAUACCUGGUGCAGACGCUGACCGGUCAUGAGUCCGGUGUAAAUUGUAUGGCGUUGAGCGAAGACGGCAGCGUUCUGGCAACCGGAAGUGAAGAUAAAACUGCGCGUCUCUGGAGUGCAAAGACAGUCCCUUGUGAAUGCAUCGGAAUAUUACGAGGUCACGAAGAAUAUAUUAACUGUAUUUUAAUCGAAGAUUGUUUCUGCUUAACCGGAAGUGCUGAUAAAACUGUCCGGAAGUGGGAUGUAAGCACGUGCGAAUGCGUACUGAUCAUGCGCGGACACACUUCUGUGAUAUAUAGAAUGAUAUGUACCGGAGACUUUAUUUUUACUAGUUCUUACGACCGUACUGCCCGAUGCUGGGAUUUUGACAAUGGCGAGUGUAUACGAGUGUUUCGGGGGCACAAGAGAGGGGUCUACCCUUUAAUUUUUAUACCGGGGGAUGACGACAAUCCGGAAGAUAUAGAUAAUUACGACGGUUCUAAAGAUUUACUUUUGACAGGAUCUGCUGAUUUUACGGCUAGAUCGUGGAAUUUCGAGACAGGACAGUGCCUUAAAGUUUUCAAAGGACACACAGGCGCCAUUACGUGCAUGUCAACCGACAUCAUGGGCCGUAUAUUAUUCACCGGGAGUACAGACUACAGCAUUCGUUCUUGGGACCUCUUAAAAGGAGAGCAACUUAAACUAUUUUCGGGUCAUCAAGGUUCUGUGAUAUGCAUGCAGGUUAUAAACAAAAUCCUGUAUUCCGGAAGUUCUGACCACACCGGAAGAGCGUGGGUCACGGAGUUCGGUGAUUGUACGAGAAUAUACAAGGGACAUAAGCACACCGUCAGUGUGAUCAAAAUGAAGGAUGGUUUAG